GAGAGGGUAGAGCGGUAGAGAGAUGACGAGGCCUGAAAUCGAGGUCCAGGCCCAGCGAACCAGGGUUCGAACCCCAACUCGAAGCAAGGUGCCGUUAAAGCGGUUAUUCCGAGUGGCCUCGGUGGCUUGCGGGAUUCAGUUCGGCUGGGCACUGCAACUCUCUCUCCUUACUCCAUACGUGCAGGAGCUUGGUAUCCCUCACGCAUGGGCUAGUCUAGUUUGGCUAUGUGGGCCGUUGUCUGGGUUACUGGUCCAGCCACUGGUCGGCCACAUGAGCGAUCGCUGCACAAGCCGGUUCGGAAGACGGCGGCCUUUCAUCAUCGUCGGAGCCGCCUCGAUUGUCGUCGCUGUCCUGAUAAUAGGGCAUGCCGCUGACAUCGGUCGAAUAGUCGGCGAUACGGCGGAGUCCAGGCCGAGGGCUAUCGUGGCUUUUGUUUUGGGGUUUUGGCUGCUCGACGUCGCUAACAAUAUGACUCAGGGACCUUGCAGAGCUCUUCUUGCCGAUCUCACUGGGAUGGAUCAGAGGAGGACUCGCAUAGCAAAUGCAUAUUUCUCUCUGUUCAUGGCUGUUGGUAACGUCCUUGGCUUUGCAACUGGGUCCUACAGUGGCUGGUUCACCAUUUUUCCCUUCACAGUCACCUCUUCUUGCAGUGUUAACUGUGCCAAUCUUAAAUCUGCUUUUUUUAUUGCCAUUGCUUUUAUUGCCUUCACUACAUAUGUGAGCAUCUCAGCAGCCCUGGAACUGCCUCUAAGUUCUAGCAACUCUGCACACUCUGCUGAUGAAAGGCCAAAUGAGUCCCACCGCGACCAAGAAGCUUUUCUUUGGGAAAUGUUUGGUCCUUUUAGGUACCUUACAGGGCCAAUUCGGAUAAUCCUGAUCGUCACUGCUCUCACGUGGAUUGGAUGGUUUCCAUUUCUUCUCUUUGAUACUGAUUGGAUGGGCAGAGAGAUUUACAGAGGGAAGCCAGAUGAAGAGAAUAAUUAUCAUAUUGGAGUAAGAAUGGGUUCGUUUGGCCUUAUGUUGAAUUCUGUUGUUCUAGGAUUGACUUCUGUUGUCAUGGAGAAACUCUGCAAGAAGUGGGGUGCUGGCCUUGUCUGGGGGAUUUCAAACAUUCUCAUGUCCAUGUGCUUUGUAACAAUGCUCAUUAUUUCUCGUUUGGCGGCCAAUAUGGAGUUCACCAGAGAUAAUUAUCCACCUGAUGGAAUUAUAAUUGCCGCACUUCUUGUUUUUACAGUUCUUGGUGCUCCCUUAGCAGUUACAUACAGUGUUCCUUAUGCUAUGAUUGCCACACGAAUAGAGUCUUUGGGACUUGGCCAAGGCUUAUCAAUGGGUGUUCUGAAUUUAGCCAUUGUGAUCCCACAGGUAGUAGUAUCCGUGGGAAGUGGGCCAUUGGAUCAGCUAUUUGGUGGUGGGAACUCACCAUCCUUUGCUGUGGCUGCGGUUGCAGCUUUUGCCAGUGGACUUGUAGCCAUAUUGGCUCUUCCUCAAUCUUAUGCUCAGAAGCCUAGGGCCAUAAUAUAAGGUAUUGUUUUGUAUUCUUUUCU